CCUGUUACAGUAAACUUUUGCCUACUUGAUAUAAUUGAGCAGAAUUCCAUCCACUGCUCAUCAGCAGCCACAUCACAAAGCGCAUCACUAUUGAAUGUUUCAAAAAGAAGAGUCAAUAAAAAAGAAUUCCAAUCUGACAGAAAUGGCUUCCGAAAAAUCAAAGACACACAUUAAUGGAAAGGCUGCUGAGAUGACUGUAACAGACAAUGUUUCCGAGACUAAAAGCAAAAAGAAUAAUAAGGAAAAGAAAGAGAAGCCUAAAAUGGUAGGCCCAUUUACAGUGUUUCGUUAUUCGGACUGCUUGGAUAAACUGUUAAUGGCAUUAGGAAUGCUCUUGGCUGCACUUCAUGGAGCUUCCCUUCCACUCAUGAUGAUUGUUUUUGGAGAUAUGACAGAUAGCUUUGUUGGUUCUGGAAUUAGUCAACCAGAUAAUGUAUCUCAGAUUACUCUUAGCCUUCAAGAGAACAUGACAAGAUAUGCAUACUAUUACACAGGACUGGGAUUUGCUGUUCUUCUGGCUGCCUAUGUGCACAUUGCAUGUUGGACGCUUGCGGCUGGCCGCCAAAUCAAGAGAAUUAGGCAAUAUUUUUUCCAUGCCAUCAUGAGGCAAGACAUUGGGUGGUUUGAUGUAAAUGAUGUUGGGGAACUAAAUACUCGACUUACUGACGAUGUCUCCAAAAUCAACGAAGGAAUUGGUGAUAAAAUUGCAAUGUUGAUUCAGGGAGUAUCUUCAUUCGUAACAGGAUUUAUAAUUGGGUUCAUUAAAGGAUGGAAGUUGACUCUCGUCAUCCUUGCCAUCAGUCCUGUUUUGGGGCUUUCAGCUGCUCUCUGGGCAAAGGUUCUUACUGCAUUCACCAAUAAGGAGCUUGCUGCCUAUGCAAAAGCUGGAUCAGUUGCUGAGGAGGUCCUGGGAGCAAUUAGGACAGUGAUAGCUUUUGGAGGACAGAAGAAAGAAAUUGAAAGGUAUCAUAAAAAUUUAGAAGAUGCUAAAAACAUUGGAAUAAAGAAAGCUAUUACUGCCAAUGUUUCUAUGGGAAUUGCUUUCUUAUUAAUAUAUGCAUCAUAUGCAUUAGCUUUUUGGUAUGGAACUACCUUGAUAAUAGAUGAAGGGUAUUCCAUUGGAAAAGUACUUACAGUCUUCUUUUCCGUGCUAAUUGGAGCAUUUUCCAUCGGUCAAGUGACGCCAAACCUAGAAGCAUUUGCUGCUGCAAGGGGAGCUGCUUAUGCAAUAUUCAAUAUCAUAGACAAUCAACCUAAAAUUGACAGCUUUUCAGAAGCAGGCUACAAACCUGACCAUAUUAAAGGCAAUCUGAAUUUCCAAAAUGUGCAUUUCAAUUACCCAUCAAGACCAGAUGUCAAGGUUUUACAGGGCUUGAACCUGAAGGUGAACAGUGGCCAGACUGUAGCACUCGUAGGCAGCAGUGGUUGUGGAAAAAGCACAACAGUCCAACUGAUACAGAGGUUUUAUGAUCCUGAGGAAGGCAUAAUCACCAUUGAUGGUCAGGAUAUCAGGACCCUAAACUUGCGGUAUCUGAGGGAGAUUAUCGGUGUGGUGAACCAGGAACCGGUGCUGUUUGCAACCACAAUUGCCGAAAACAUUCGAUAUGGUCGUGAAGAUGUCACCAUGGAAGAAAUGGAAAAAGCUGUCAAAGAAGCCAAUGCCUAUGACUUCAUCAUGAAAUUGCCCAAUAAGUUUGACACAGUGGUGGGGGAAAGGGGGGCCCAACUAAGUGGAGGACAGAAGCAGAGGAUCGCGAUUGCCCGGGCCCUUGUUCGGAAUCCCAAGGUCCUGCUGCUGGAUGAGGCGACGUCCGCUUUGGAUACUGAAAGUGAAGCUGUGGUGCAGGCAGCACUGGACAAGGUCAGGGAAGGUCGCACAACGAUCGUCAUAGCCCAUCGUUUGUCUACAGUUCGAAACGCCGAUGUUAUCGCUGCUUUUGAAAAUGGUGUCAUCACAGAGCAAGGGUCUCAUAGUGAACUAAUGGAAAAGAGAGGAGUUUAUUUCAAACUUGUUAAUAUGCAGUCAAUUGAAACUGAGUUUCAGUCAGAAGAUGAAGAUGAGCCCAGUUCCCCAAAACACACAUCAGGUGAAGUAUUCAAAGACUCCCUACCGAAUGGAUUGAAAAGGCGUUCAACUCGCAGGAGCGUCAAAAAGCCAGAAACACAAAAUGAAGGCCUUGAGGUUCAAACUGUUCAACCCGAUGCAAAUGUGCCCCCAGUCUCGUUUCUGAAAAUUAUGAAGCUAAAUCAAUCUGAAUGGCCGUACUUCUUGGUGGGCACACUUAGUGCAAUAAUCAACGGAGUCCUGCAACCGGCAUUUUCAAUAAUAUUCUCAGAAAUCAUUGGGAUUUUUGCAAUACAAGACCCUAAAACUGUACGAGAAAAGAGCAACAUGUAUGCGUUGCUUUUCUUAGGACUUGGGAUCAUUUCCUUUGUAACAUUUUUCCUUCAGGGGUUCACCUUUGGCAGAGCUGGAGAGAUCCUUACAAUGAAGCUUCGUUACAUGGGAUUCAAGGCAAUACUUAGACAGGACAUUGGCUGGUUUGAUGACCCUAAAAACAGCACUGGAGCAUUGACUGCACGACUUGCUCAUGAUGCUUCUGAAGUAAAGGGUGCUACAGGGGCCAGGCUAGGCAUGAUCGCCCAAAAUGUUGCUAACCUUGGAACGGGAAUCAUCAUAUCACUGGUGUAUGGCUGGCAGCUGACCCUUUUGAUCUUGGCUGUUGUGCCCAUCAUUGCCAUAGGAGGGCUCAUUGAAAUGAGAAUGUUGUCUGGACAUGCCAAGAAAGACAAAAAGGAACUCGAGAAUGCAGGGAAGAUUGCAACAGAAGCAAUAGGGAAUAUCCGAACUGUUGUUUCCCUUACUCAGGAAAGAAAAUUUGAACUCAUGUAUGGAGAAAAUUUGAUAGUACCUUACAGGAAUUCUGUGAGGAAAGCACACAUUCAUGGUCUGACUUUUGGCAUUUCCCAAGCAAUGAUGUACUUUACCUAUGCGGGUUGUUUUCGAUUUGGUGCCUAUCUUGUGGACAAUGGAGACAUAGAAUUUAAGAAUGUUUUCUUGAAAGUACUAGUGGCAAUGUAACAUUUAACAAAGUGGCAUUCAACUACCCGACCCGGCCAGAUGUCACAGUGCUCCGAGGACUGAGUGUGGCUGUCGAGAAGGGAUGGACACUGGCUCUCGUGGGAAGCAGUGGCUGCGGCAAGAGCACCCU